AUGAACAAUACUCCAGUGUUGCUAUACGAGUACAGUAUUACCAGUAGUGACCUCGUGGCAGAAUUGGAUACAACGGUACAUCAGAUCCUGGCCCUCAAACUGGAGCUCAAACCGAGAGGCGAAAGUACAGGGACCCAUGCAAGCUACCGGAAGGAUGUGUCGAUUGAGUCUGUGAACCCGAGGAAGACCUGGGUCAAACGCAGGAGGGUAUGCGAGAGCAGCCCAGAGCAGGAUGCUUCAUAUAGCUCUAUCGAAAUUCCGAGACUAACCCACACUUCUCCCGAAAAAUGUCCACAUGUGAUGAACGCCCACAACCCAAAACUCUCGGUCUCACCAGUUUUGCUGGCAACUUCACUGAUCUCAAUAUUCGGCAUCUCGCCGCGUAAUCAAGCACUGUGCUGCAGCCGCAUCCACCACUCAAGUGUUCAUCUCAGAUCGACGAUACCACUUAGGAAGGCAAGACCGCUUGUUGGCAGACGGGACGACAGGGGACGACAAGGCCGUUUAGGACAUCGAACUCCACCUAAGACGACAGGACAUGUUGGGGGGACAAGACUAUUCCGACUGAAGGAGAACGACUGA